UUUUAACAGCGUAGUCUACAUGAUUUUCCUUCGUGUGCUUUCGUUAUUAUUCUUUGCCACGAUGAGCGGGCUUCAUGGUUAUGAAACCCAGACCCUUGUCGAGGAGUUACGCCGUCGUUAUGAUUGUCUGAGUAAACCACAGGGCAAUUUCAUAUUUAUGGGUGCCCCUGGGUCCGGGAAGGGUACUCAAUCGCUAUUGUUGCGUGACUCUCACUGCUACUGUCACUUGUCAACCGGUGACAUUUUGCGUUCUGCCAUUAGGAGCGGGGACCCUAUUGGUAUGGAGGCUAAGACCUAUAUGGACCAGGGCAAGCUGGUUCCCGACGAUGUUGUCGUUAAGCUAAUUGAGGGUAACAUAAACUCUCCUCGUUGCAGUCGUGGUUUUAUUCUUGAUGGUUUCCCACGUACUGAGACUCAGGCUGAUCGUCUGAAGACGUUGUUAUCUAACUUGGGAAAGAGAUUGAAUGCUGUCUUCUUGUUUGAAUGCCCUGAUGAUGAAAUUCAGAGACGCAUUACUGGCAGGCUGGUCCAUGAGCCAUCUGGUCGUGUAUAUCACAUGACAAGCAAGCCACCAAAGGUCCCCAUGCGUGAUGACAUUACCAACGAGCCUCUUACUCAGCGUAAGGACGACACUUUGGAGGUUAUACGCACUCGUCUUGAUGCCUACCACAAGCAGACGGCUCCUCUUAUUAAGUACUACGAGAAUAUGCAUCUAUUGCACCGCAUUGAUGCUAACAGGCCUGAGAUGAAGGUUAAUGAGGAAAUUAACAAGAUUGUCGAACGUGUCUGCACCAAUUAACUUGGCGA